AUGGCGGUGUUCCCUCUGCUUCCUCUCUGCGUGCUGCUCCUCUCCCUCCACACUCUGGGUGGAGCGUCUCCUUCCUGUCCUGUGAGCUGCCGCUGCUACAGCCUCACAGUGGAGUGUGGCUCCACCAGCCUGAGGGACAUCCCCAAACACGUCCCCCCCUCCACACAGACCAUCUUCCUGCAGGACAAUGUGAUUGGUCAGAUCCGUCGUCAGGACCUGACUCUGUUGAAACACCUGCACUACCUGUACCUGCAGAACAACAGCAUCUCAGCAGUGGAGCCUGGCUCUUUCCAGAACCAGGGUCAGCUGUUGGAGCUGGCUCUGAACGGGAACCGGGUCCACCUGGUGACAGCUGACAUGUUCCAGGGACUCGAACAUCUGCGCAUUCUUUACCUGGCAGGAAAUGACAUCACACGCCUGCUGGACUACACCUUCCGUGGUUUACAGGGGGAGGUGGUGGAUGUGCACUACGCCGGCGUGGACGACCUCCGGAGGGCCAAAGACAGCCUGAACCUCACCAACCAGAUCGCCCUGGUCAAGCUUGGCCGAGCACCUCUACUGUACAAGCUAUCCCUCCUGUCUGAACUGGGUUUUGGAGGUGUUCUGCUUUACAUCGACCCAUGUGACGCCCCCCCUGGAAGCCACACCUGGCAUCAAGCCUUCAGAGUAACCCUCAACCCAGGAGGAAACCCUGCCAUAUCUGAGGUGUCAAGAGAAGCUGGAAGAAGUCUGACGUCUCUGUUGGUGCAGCCCAUCUCCGCCUUCCUGGCCAAGACGUUACUGUCCUCUUCGUCCACUGGGCAGGGAGACUCCUGUGUGCCUCUAGCCAGGCCUCCCAACACAGAACGAAAGAAGAUUACUCUGACUGUUGGAAAUCACCUGUCCUCCAAGAAGAUCUACAAUGUUGUCGGUUACCUGAAAGGAAAGAGAAACCCAGAUCGCUAUGUGCUGGUUGGCAGUCGUCAUGACAGCGACCAGGGAGGCGGAGCUUCAGCCAUCAUGAAUCAGCUGAUCGCGGCGUUGACAGAGCAGACCAAACAGGCAUGGGUGCCAGACCGAACCACUGUGUUCUGCUCGUGGGGGGGCUCAGCCCUGGGGAACAUCGGGUCCUAUGAGUGGGGAAAGGAUAACAGUGUUGUCCUACAGAGCAGUGCCGUGGCCUACGUCAGUCUGAACUCUCCAGUCAGAGGGACGGAGACUCUGCGAGCCACAGCGUCUCCAACGCUGCUGCAGCUCACCUUGGAUAUACAGAGAAGACAGCUGCUGAGUUGCAUUCGUGGGGGGAACUGCCCUGGACCCAACGUCAGCUCGCUGCAGUUGCCUGGAGAUGUGAAUUUCUUCGCCAACCAACUGGCGGUGCCCACCGUGGAGUUCGCCUUCGAGCAGACCAAAGCAGAAGAGACCACCAGUUUCCUGUCUGAAGCCCAAUUUUCUGCUGAGUCGCCGGAGACGCUGGAUCCACUUUUCAAGUUCCACGAGACCAUUGCUAAGAUGACAGCAGAAGCCAUUCUCCGCCUGGUCAAUGAUCCUGUGCUGCCAUUCUACCCUCUGGACAUUGCCCUGGAUGUUCAAAACAAACUCAAAGACAAGAGUGUGGUAACUCAGUCCAUGCUGUCCACAGCCUCCUCUCUGAGAGACCACGCAGCUUUCUUCCAAUCAGAAACCAUGCGGCCGGCAAAUGACCCUAAAGAGCGGGACCCCUCCCACGUACGGAUGCUGAAUGAUGUACUCCGUGACCUGGAAAAGAGCUUCAUUCUCCCACACACGCCGCCUGGAGUGUACAGGAACCUGCUGUACAGCCUCCCAGGGAGGACCCCUCAGUUCUCCGUCCUCAGGUUCUCACAGGAAGCCGUCCUGCAUUGCAACGUCACCAGCAGAGCUCUCAAACACAACUCGGCAGCCAAGGAAGUGCUCUGCCAUAGCACCUUGAACCAGUCUCUGUCCCUCAUCCUCCGGGCCAUCCGCUCCGCAGAGAGGCUGGUGUGUUUUGGCAUGGGCUUGUUUGAAAAUUACCCAAAUAAUAAAAAAUGA